AGGAGGGAGGAGGAGGAAGAGCAGGAACGGAGAGAAGAGGGAGGAGGAAGAGCAGGAACGAGAGAGAAGCAGAGAGACGGAUACACAACAGAUAACCGGGUAAAUAGCCAGGCUAACAGAUAACCAGACUAACAGAUAACCGGGUUAACAGUCAGGCUUUGGGGUAGUUACUGAGGUAACCAGGAGGUUAUCGGUGUUAAACACAGAUGGAGUCUGAAGAAAAUCUGUUCAACGUCUUUCUGCUGCUGCUGAUCGGAUCUCACUUCACUGUGGUGGGUCCUUCGGCCCCUGAGCAGGACUGGCAAGUGUACAGUUCAGCCCAGGACUCUGAGGGUCGAUGUGUGUGUACGGUAGUUGCACCCCAGCAGACUGUCUGCUCCCGGGACGCCCGAACCAAGCAGCUCCGACAGCUGCUGGAGAAGGUUCAGAAUAUGAGUCAGUCCAUUGAGGUUCUGGACCAGCGGACUCAAAGAGAUCUGCAGUUUGUGGAGAAAAUGGAGAUUCAGGUGAAGGGUCUGGAAAACAAAUUCAAACAGGUGGAAGACGGACACGAGAGCAACUCAGCCAAACAGUACAAGUCCAUUAAAGCAAAGAUGGAGGAGUUACGUCCUCUCAUCCCGGUCCUGGAGGCCUACAAGGCGGAUGCUCUGCUGGUACGACAGUUUAAAGAGGAGGCGGCAAAUGUGACGGAGCUACUAGGAUCGCUGCAGGAACAACUUGGAGGUCUAGACUACCAGGAAGUUCACAGCCGAGUUCUGAACCUGGAGGACCGGCUGAGGGCCUGCAUGCAGAGGCUGGCCUGUGGGAAGCUGACAGGAAUCUCUGAGCCAAUCACCAUCAAGACAUCUGGGUCGAGGUUCGGAUCUUGGAUGACCGACCCGCUUGCUGCGGCUGGAGACAACAGAGUGUGGUACAUGGACGGUUACCAUAACAACCGAUUUGUUCGAGAGUAUCCCUCAAUGUACGACUUCAUGACGACGGAUAACUUCACAUCGCACCGCCUGCCUCACCCCUGGUCCGGGACAGGUCAAGUAGUUUAUAAUGGCUCCAUUUACUUCAACAAGUUUCAGAGUCACACCAUUAUCAAGUUUGACUUCAGCACGUCGCUCAUCAGCCGCUCCAGGCAGCUCGACUUUGCCGGUUACAACAACAUGUACCAUUACUCCUGGGGGGGGCACUCAGACAUCGAUCUCAUGGUGGACGAGGGGGGGCUCUGGGCCGUCUACGCCACCAACCAGAAUGCCGGAAACAUUGUCCUUAGCCAGUUAAACCCAAACACUCUGCAGAUCAUCCGCAGCUGGACCACCAACCACCCGAAACGCAGUGCCGGCGAGGCCUUCAUGAUCUGUGGGACACUGUAUGUUACUAACGGGUACUCGGGUGGAACCAAAGUGUACUACGCCUACUCCACCAACUCCUCCACCUACGAGUACAUCGACAUUCCUCUGACCAACAAAUACAGCCAUCUGUCCAUGCUCGACUACAACCCCCGAGACAGAGCGCUUUAUGCCUGGAACAACGGCCACCAAGUCCUUUAUAAUGUCACGCUCUACCACAUUAUACAGUAACGCUAACAAAUACACUAAUACUAAAGAAGAAGGGUCCUCUGCCAAGUCCUUUUCCAUGAGUAAAAAAUAUUGCGUGUAUCCGCCCCCUGAUUUGGAUUGGCUCCAAAAUGUAUUGGGUACUUUCUCGGCCCAUGCUACACCCUUCCACUACAUUUUAUGAAAAUGGGGCCAGUAGUCUUUCUGUAACUCUGCUGACACACAAACAAACCGAAAACAUAACCUCUUUCUGGAGGUAUUAAAUAAUUUAACACUAAAGAAUAAAUGUAGUUACGCUAAAGAAUAACUGGAGUAAUGCUAAAAAAGUAAUGGAGUAAGAUUAAAGAAUAAAUACUCAUGUUCUCUUCUACAGAGUCAGAGAAGAAGUUUUCAGGUUCAUCUCUGUGCCUCAAGGACAGAGAGAGGUAUGUUAGCCUAGCUUAGCACACAAGACUAGAAUCAAGGGGAAAAUGUUAGCUUAGCUCCUUGAAAAGGUUGUUGCAGCGCAUACAAUAGUGAUGUAAGAAGUGAACAACCGAGUUAAACCUGAAGUUACCACGCUAACCACUAAUCCUGCUUUGUAGUACAGGCCUCCAUAAACAAUGUACAACAUGUAAACAUGUAACAAAAUGGAAAUCCGAUAGGCGUGGAGUGGUUUUUACUCCUCUUAUGGAUAUAGACUAGCAUUUUCCCCCAGUUUCCAGUCUUUGCGCUAAGCUAGACUA